CAGGCUCGGCCCGUCCGGCUCCACGGCGGUAGCUGGAUCUUGAGGUCGCCCGUGGCGAUCCCUCGGUGUCCGUCUCGCGGGGGCGGGUGAGGGGGCAGGGCCCGCUGAGAAACUCCUGGGACACGCGCUGCGACUGGCCCGUCUGAUGGGUGAUACCGCGCGGGUGCCCUGUGCUGAGUGCGCUGAAUUCCUGCGGCUCGCAAAGCCCUUAAGCGCUGGCGUCUGUCAGCCCCGAUUUCAUACCCCGCUCAGCGCCUUUCGUGCCUGACUUCCUUACCCACGGACAUCGGGUCCUGCCUCCUGCACCUGUCCAGCAGGGCUCUGCCUUCUCCUCCUUCACAUCCCUCCUCGAUGCGUUGUGCAGCAGCCUCUGACAGGAUUAAUUUGGACAGAUUCAAUGAAUGAAUGUGUCACUGCUAUGGAAGCCAAAGGUAAAAAGAGAUUCAUGGGGAAAAAUGGAAAAGCACCACAAAGAAAACAUAAAUUUAAAAAAGACAAUGAUUCUCGUCCACCAAAGAAGUUUCACAGCAAAGGAAGUGAAGAAGGAAAGCCUAAAUUCACAUCCAAGAAGUCUGAGAAAGGAAACAAAAAACUUGGUAAGGCAAGUGUGAAACAAUUCAAGAGUAAGCAGCAACCAGAAAAGUUCACUAAGAAGAGAAAACUCCAGGAGGCUAAUGAGGGGGGGUCAGCACCUAAGAAGCCUAAAUGGAAUGAUUUUAAAAAGAAAAAGAAGGAAUUAAAGCAGAGCAGACAAUUAAAUGACAAAACAAAUUAUGAUGUAAUCAUCAAAUCAAAACAGAUAUGGGAAAGUGUGAGAAGGAAAAACUGUGACAAGGAGAAGCGACAGAAGCUAAUAAAUGAACUACAUAAACUGCUUCAGGGGAAAAUUAAAACUAUGGCAUUUGCACAUGACUCAACACGAGUUAUCCAGUGUUUCAUUCGGUAUGGCAAUGACAAGCAAAGGCAAGAGACAUUUGAAGAAUUAAAAGAUAGCCUACUAGAAUUGAGCAAAUCCAAAUAUUCCAGAAAUAUUGUAAAGAAGUUUCUUAUGUAUGGAACAAAACCACAAGUUGCAGAAAUAAUUAAAAGCUUUAAAGGUGAGGUAAAAAAAAUGCUCCGCCAUUCUGAAGCAUCUGCUGUGGUAGAGUAUGCAUACAAUGAUAAAGCCAUUCUGGAGCAAAGGAACAUGCUAACAGAAGAGCUCUAUGGGAAUACCUUCCAAGUUUACAAGUCUCCAGUUCACCCUACAUUGGAUAAAGUAAUAGAGGCUCAUCCUGAAAAGCAAGAGGCCAUUAUGGAUGAAAUGAAACAGAUUCUUACCCCAAUGGCACAAAAAGAGGCUGUGAUAAAGCACUCACUGGUACAUAAAGUAUUUUUGGACUUUUUCAUCCAUGCUCUCCCAAAACAAAGAUCUGAAAUGAUUGAAGCAAUCAGAGAAGCAGUGAUCUACCUGGCACAUACACAUGACGGAGCCCGAGUAGCCAUGCAUGCUUUAUGGCAUGGUACUCCCAAGGACAGAAAAAUCAUUAUGAAAACCAUGAAGACAUAUGUUGAAAAAAUAGCUACUGGUGAAUUCUCUCACUUGGUCUUACUGGCAGCGUUUGAUUGCAUUGAUGAUACCAAGCUCAUGAAACAGUUAAUCAUAUCUGAGAUAAGUGGUUCUUUGCCCAAUAUUAUAAACAACAAAUAUGGACGGAAGGUCCUGUUGUACUUGCUAAGUCCAAGGGAUCCUGCACAUUUCUUACCAGAGAUCGUCAAAAUUCUGCAACAGGGAGAUGGAAAUACUUACAGUAAAAAAGAUUCAGAUGUCCGCCGUUGCGAACUUUUAGAAGCCAUUUCCCCAGCCUUGCUAGGUUAUCUGCAAGAACAUGCCCAAGAAGUGGUGAUGGACAAAACUACGUGCGUCUUGGUGGCUGAUAUUUUAGGAUCUGCUCUUGGUGAUGUCCAGCCUGCCAUGAAUUCAAUUGCUAGUUUGGCAGCAGAGGAGCUGGUUCCAGGUGGUAAAGAUGGGCAGCUUCACAUCGCAGAGCAUCCAGCAGGCCAUCUGGUUCUGAAAUGGUUAAUAGAGCAAGAUGAAAAAAUGAGAGCUAAUGGAAGAGAAGGAUGUUUUGCAAGAACGUUGGUGGAAUGUGUCAGCCUUAAGAAUAUGAAGUCCUGGGCAGAAGUAAAUCGAGGUGCCAUGAUUCUGUGUUGCCUUCUCCGAAGCACAGAUCAAGAAGUGGCAAAAAAAGUCAAAGGAGGACUAAAAAGCCUCAUUCCGCAAUUGAAAUGCAAUAAAAAUGUAAAAGGAAUAGAGGCUCUGUUAGAGACAUUAACUUCCUAAUUUAAAUGAGGUUCAGAAAGACCAGUUUCCUGUCAUUGUAACCAAAUACAAGUCAGUGGACGUUUUGCACAGUGUUUGAUUAUUUUUGUAAUAUCCUUUGUAAAAGUGUAUUUGUAAAUUAAACUGUUUCUAAAAUGA